CGGCAAGUUUCGGAGAUGGCGCCCAAAGGAAAAGGCAGCACUGGGAAAGGGGGGAAAGGGGGAGCCGCCUCUGGGAGUGAAAGUGCUGACAAGAAGGCUCAGGGUCCCAAAGGUGGUGGCAAUGCAGUAAAGGUCAGACACAUUCUAUGUGAAAAACACGGUAGAAUUAUGGAAGCCAUGGAAAAGUUAAAGUCUGGAAUGAGAUUCAAUGAAGUGGCUGCACAAUAUAGUGAAGAUAAAGCCAGGCAAGGGGGCGACUUGGGCUGGAUGACCAGAGGGUCCAUGGUAGGACCAUUUCAAGAAGCUGCAUUUGCCUUGCCUGUAAGUGGGCUGGAUAAGCCUGUGUUUACAGACCCUCCAGUUAAGACAAAAUUUGGAUAUCACAUUAUUAUGGUUGAAGGGAGAAAAUAAAAUCAUAUGAAAGACUGAAUAAAUUAUAUACAUUCUGUAUAUCUCUUUAUAAGGUAUUGAAUAAUCCUUGUAUUUUAUCAGCUGUGUCAGUGUGAGUUUAUAGGUGCAAAAUAGGGUGGGUGUAAGUUAGUAUUUAAUGCAGUAGGUGUUCAGUCAGUAGUUCUCAAAGUCAAGCCAACUCUAACCUGUACUCCCUUUUCUCCUAGAGCUACACUAUCUGAUUUUCAGUAUGUCCCAUAAAUUAAUUCAGAAACCAUCUGUAGGGAAGCCAGAUAUCAGCUUACACUAUUCAUGCAACUGAAAAUACUAGGCAUCAA